AUUUGGUUCAGCAGCUGCGCAACUUCGAUUCAAUCCGUACAGAAUGUCUCCGAUAUCUCCAAAACGCCGAAAGCUUGACCACGACAGCACAGAUGAGAUCUCAAACAUUUCAGGCUCCGAUGAGGAAAUGAAUGUGGACCGGGAAGCUUUCGAGGACGAUGCGCCAACUACCAAAACGAAGCAAAACCCCACAAAAUCGCAUCAGUCGCGGGAGGUGGACGAAAGCGCGGUAUAUGCUGGAGGGCUCUUCAAAUCAAACACUUUCAAAAUUCAAGUCGACUAUCUGCUGGAAGAAAUCAGGCCGAAUUACGAUGGAAAGCUGGGAAAGGCAAACGAAACUUUGAGCAAGCUGAAAGGCUUAAUUGAAGCCAUUGAGCCUCGAGAUGCGCUUCCUGUAAGUACAAGAUGGAGGGUUUGGCUGGUGUGGACCUUUGCUAAUUUCAAGAUACAGGUCGCAGAAGCUACAAAACUACUGCAAAAGUCACAUAAGAUCUCCGUUCCAUUUCCCUCUCCGAAACCCGACAAAAGUGCAGCCUAUAAAUUAGCCUACGCGAAACCAUCUAGAAUAAAUGUGAUUGGAAGUUACCCGAUGAGGACCAUGAUUAAGCCGGCCAAGUCAGAUCAUGUCUUGUCUAUCGAUAUGGUUGUGGUUAUGCCUGCGUCAAUACUGCAAGAAAAGGACUACAUGAAUUAUCGAUAUUUUUACAAGAGAGCUUACUAUCUUGCCAAUAUUGCUGCUGGUCUCCAGGAAAGUCUCAAAGAUACUUACACGCUGAUGUUUAAGUACCUCAAUGGGAACGAUCUUCAUCCAAUACUGACAGUCAAGCCAAAACCAGGUAAGGAUUUUGAGUUCGUAUACAAAUGUCGGCUAACACCCAACACAGCUGAUUCCAAAACUCCUUCUAAAUAUGAAAUCAACAUCAUUCCUGCUGCCCCUGCUGGUUUUUUCCCAGACGCCAAGUUGCUUCCGUCUAAAAAUUCCGUUCGACCCAAAGAAGGUGCUGAAAAUGCAACUCUUCCUCCAACCCCGUUUUAUAAUGCAUCACUGAGUUCAGACCGAAAUUUUGAGGCCUAUCUUAAACUUUUACACCUGGCAUCCAAGCAGUCGAAGAGCUUUGCAGAUGCAAUUAUGCUGGGCCAAAUCUGGCUUCGACGACGAAAUGUCUCGGGCUGUAUAUCACAGGGAGGAUUCGGGAGUUUCGAGUGGGCUGCUAUUAUGGCUUUACUUAUGAAAGGCGGGGGCCCGAAAGGUCAUAGUGUCCUUUCCGAGGGUUAUAGUAGCUAUCAGAUGUUUAAAGCUAUGCUUCAAUUUAUUUCCGCAAAUGACAUGUCCAGCAAGCCAUUCAUUUACGAAGCAUCGGAUGUUUCUCUACCAAAAUCUGAUACGCCGGUGUUUUUCGACGGGCCCCGCAGUCAAAACCUUUUGUACAAAAUGACGCCUUGGUCUUAUGGACUUUUGAGAGAAGAGGCUAAGGUUUCUCUGGAUAUGCUCAACGACGACACUUUCGAUCAGUUCGAGUCAACCUUUGUCACUUCAGCUUCUGAGUCUCUGCAAAGAUAUGACUGCGUGGUUCGCAUGCCGUUACCUACAGAAAUACCUCCAUCCUCAGAGUGCGAUCACCUCACACAGAUCACAAGUCUUUCCCGUCGAGUCUUCAGUGUCUUACGAGAAGGUCUUAUGGACAGGGUAAAGCUAAUCAACAUCAAAACCCCAAGUCUACCUAAUUGGGCAUUCAAAGCUUCUGGGCCAAACUCAGAAGCACAAAUAGUCUUGUAUUUUGUGUUUGAUCCCGCGAUUAUAGACCGUCUUGUGGAUCAUGGACCAUCAGCCGAAGAGAAAAGGAAGGCGCUCAAAUUUCAGAAAUUCUGGGGGGAAAAGGCGGAAUUGCGUCGUUUCAAAGAUGGCAGUAUUCUUGAAAGUUUGGUCUGGAAGUCUGCUUCCACCUAUGGCGUGUUCCAAGAAAUUGUCACCUAUAUCAUCAAUCGUCAUUUCACCAAGGAGAUAAGCGAAGGCUUGACUUUUGUUGGCCAAAGUUUCGAUAAAGCUAUACGGGCUGCUGAUUCUACCACCAAGCAAUUCGAAGCUCUUAAAGAGGCUUUUCGCACUUUUGAAAAGGAUGUUAGAGAACUAGAAGGGCUGCCUUUGCAAUUACGGCAGCUCUCCCCUACGAGCCCGCAGCUUCGGUACACUUCUAUUGAUGCACCCUCAUUCAGCGCUCACAGCCCUUUGAAAGACCCGGCUAAUGUGUUGAUUCAAUUUGAAGGAUCUGGUAGAUGGCCUGACGAUCUUAUUUCGAUUCAGCGCACGAAGAUUGCUUUUCUACUUAACAUUGGAAACUUACUCGAGGACUGUGAUGGUGUUGUUAUGACCCGAGUUGGACUCGAGAAUGAAGAUAAACAAUUUGAGAAUUGCGCUUUCUUAGACGUAGUUUGCAAAUCAGGCGCUGCAUUUCGAUUGCGCAUACAGAAUGAUCGAGAGCAAACCCUUCUGGAGCGUCUCGUGAAAGACAAAUUCACAGACUCUCGUACUCGGGAUGAAGCCGUGUCUGCAUUGGCCGCCUACAAGACAACAUUUGUUCAACUACCCCUCCUAACUCAGUCCAUCUCUACACACUGCACAAGAUUCCCACUUCUGUCCCCUACGAUCCGUCUGCUGAAAAUGUGGUUUGAUAACCACAUGCUUUUGGGACAUAUCAGUGGCGAGCUGAUUGAACUUCUGGGCGCGCAUACAUUUUUGCACGCUUACCCCUGGCGAGCACCAUCUUCUGUGAUGACUGGCUUCCUAAGGACGUUGAUGUUUAUCGAACGAUGGGAUUGGCGACACCAAGCGCUUGUCGUAGACUUUACAGGUACCAUGACCAGUAAAGAUGUCACCUCAGCAAAUACUCGCUUAGAAGCUUGGAGAAAGAUUGACCCCGGAAUGAACCGAACAGUGAUCUUUGCUGCUUCGAACCAUGAUACAAGCGGUGUUGGAUUCACAGAGAUGGGACCUUCCAAGGUCGUUGCUGCUCGUAUGACGGCUCUUGCGGGCUCUGCAUACAAGCUUGUGAAAGAAAAGGGCAUUGAGUUGGAUCAUCGCUUGCUAUUCGCAAGCUCGACGGCUGGUUAUGACUUUGUCAUACACAUCUCUCCAUUCUUUGCCAAAGGUUCUAAACGCAAAGACACCUCCAAAUCCAAGUUCAAGAAUCUCAAGGUUCAAUCUGAGGCGGACCUAGAGCAGAUUGGGUACCAACCUAUACCGCUUUUCCUUGCUGAGCUGAAGAAGAUCUAUACGAAUAGUAUUGUUUUCUUCUAUAGUGAGGAGGUUGGUACUUGUAUUGGGGGAUUAUGGAAUCCGCAACCGGUGGCGGGGAGAACGUUGAAGAUUGGUAUUGAGUAUGCUACGAAGGUUAUUAGUUCAGAAGAGGGAGAGCAAAAUGUCCAGUUAGAUAAGGGCGCGAUACUAGCGGAGAUUUCGAGGUUGGGCGGGGAUAUGGUGUCGAAGAUUGAGGUGCAGAGAUGAUUAUGUACGUGCUUUACAGUAAUACCCAAUAGUAAACUAGUGAGAGAGGAGAUGGGAUACCCAAUUGACCCCUGUUACAUCUGGUACAUACACUUUACCAAAAAAAGUUCAAGAACCG